AUGGCUCGUGGAAUUUCGUGUGUCUUUGUACUGGGUGCAUUAUUAUCUCGCUUUGGAAGUGUGUCCUCAGAAACCAAACUGAAUACCACUCAAAGGGAAGAUUUUGCCAUAAGUAGCCCGUGUGUAUCGAAGAUCUUGCAAGGUUUACCUUUGAAUUCCCUGCGGAUGUUGAAACGAGGCGAAGUUGACGGGUUAAAGGUCAAGGUUCACCGUGAUCAAAUGACCAACAGCACCACUGAUUGGAUGCUGGUUCGUGAAGAUGGAAUACGCAACGUUCUUUUUUCUGUGAAUACUUUCAAUCCAAUUGCGCACUGGGCAUUAUCUACUUCCUUUCAAACAAACGACUUUUCGGUUUUGGAGAAUCCAAGUAACUGUCUUGGUGAUUUUCGAAACGAUGCUUUCCGUGUAAAGAUCCGCCAGCUAGUCUUAAACCACAUCCACAGUCAUGUUUCAGAAUCCAUUAAUGUGUGCGCAAAGGAAGUUAUGAAUGUAUCGGGAACUGCUGUUGAAAUAUUUAAUUGCUGCUCAAGAAAUUCUAGUGGUGUUAUAUCUUGUCAAAUAAUACAGGAAGACUACUUAGUGGAAAUCUUCUUUGGUUUUAUUUUCAUAUUGAAGAUAUUACUGGUAAUCUUUAUUGCACGUUUCAUCCCAACAUCUCUAUAUAGAAAACGACAUUGCUACAAGGAAUUCAUAUUUUCUUUGACAGCCCCUUUAGAAAUUGAAAUUACAAAGCGUUUUUCAACUCCACCUAAUGUUUCUAAAUUAAGAACUGUUAACCUAGGAACUGAGUACGUUUCUUGUGGAUAUCAACAUCGAAUGAAGCUUGGAGAGAAUCUCCACAGACUCUCUGACGUCAUAGAGACCAUGGAAAUGAGUAAAACUGAGCACUUCAAGUUGAGGGCUGUUUGGUUUAAAGGGGAUCCUGAUCGUCUGGUUAGGAGAAACAAGGCUCCUGUAGGAUUUUUCUCCUUUCUCUAUCGCCGACUUUUUCAAUGCAAGUGUUACGUGCACGGACGCAAACAGAAAGUGCUUGAACAUACAGAAGAUGGUGUUGACGAUGAGUACGUGUCUCUGCACAACUGCUGCAAACGCAAAAUAUCGAAGGAUAGCACAUGGGAAUCCUUUUUACGAAAUAUGAUGCAAGCAUUUGCAGCUCUUUUCGCAUUCUGGAUCCCAAUAAUUGCUAUAACAGUGUAUUGGGAUUACGAAGAAGAUUUCGUUAAAAAUAAACUAGAAGCAGCAAAACAAAGUAACUUAACAAUGACUCUGUCAUUGUUUUCCACAAAACUGAUCUCUUUAUCGUUUAUUCACGGCUGUUACAGUCUAUAUCAGGCAUGUUUUGCCCUAUGGUUUUUGCCAUUGUUGAUGCUAAUUAUUAUAAGAAUUUCUACAGACGACACACUUUGGAAAAGGACCGUGUGGAUUUUUGUAAGAAGUCUGGUUUAUGCGAAACAUUUUUCCAAUGUCGGAACCAGUUGGGCGGCAUCUUUUCUCCUGAGAUCUUUCACCAGCAAUGCUCUAACGGAUGUAAAUGCUGUUCACAUAUUCCUGUGGGUGACUGUCAAAUUAACAUCCUUAUUUAUUGCCAUACUUGUCCUUUUGUUUUGUAAGUUGUCGACCAUCAAUGUGUUCUUGCAAUUAUUCUGGAGAUUCUUGGGAGAAAUUGUAAAGUGUGUGAGGAAAUCGAACGAUGAGGACAAGCGAAGCGAUAUGGAGGACCUCGUUCUGGAAAAAUCUAAAAAUACCUGUGAGAAAAGUGUCAGAGGCUUCCUUAAUCUUCCUCCAAUCGAGGUUGGAGAGAUAGACAUAGAGGGCGCAACCUUCCCUAGAUCUCCUUGUGCACGAUUUUGGUGGUGUAUUAUUUGCUUUGGUUGGUUAGCAUUCCUAAUUUGUGCGAUUCCAAUCUUCAUAGACAUAACGUUUAUCAUUGUUGACAUUUUGUUCCUCAUCAUAAUAUGCCUUGUAGCAAAUAUACGUCACUUAGCACAGUAUUAUUUAAUUGUACUUUUUACAUAUCUUUAUGCAUGCAUGUUUCUGAAACGCGUGGAAAGAACAUUUCAGCAUUUUAACAACAAAGUUCAAAACUUUCUUUUGGAGAGACAUACACGAACACUGAUCAAUAAAAACUUGCACGAUGACACGAUUCCAGACACAAACCGUUGUUACCAAGUAAUUCCUGGCAGAGGUUGUGGAAGAUGCGCUGCCUGUCAUGUUUUUACCACAAGAAAUGGCGUGCCAAAAUGGAAAGCCCGCCAUUUAGUGCAGUUUGUGGAUGACAAAGGUGAACCUUGCAUCCCCAAAAAUUUCUUUUUUCAGACAUGCUACAUGAAGCACUUUUCAUGCCCUGGAUCUCUUUCAAACCAUUACUAUGAUGCCAUGAUCAAAUCAUUCCUUUUAGCAGUUUACAUUGUAGCUGUAAUUCUGUUGGUUAAAAUAGUAUAUCCUAGUCUGCCAUGGUGGGGUCAUCUGUUAGUUUACAUUUUAUUUGGCCUUCUACCACUACUCAUCUUGAAAAUCUUUUGUGACGGUCCAAAGCUGAACGAAUAUGACACAGCAGACGACAUAUUCAAACAGAAGUUAGAACACGUCAUUCGGGAAUACAAACAAGAGUGGUCCAUAAUUGACUUGGAAGUUUCACGUCGUGCAAAGUUGGAUGACUCCAUUGCGUCACAUUUGGAAGGAAAUGAUGACGAAAGCAACGAUACCAAAUGCUGGUUUCGAGCACGAAACAAAGCGUGUGUUUGCUUACACAUCCCUAAUAGAAAGCCAAUCAACGUUGAUGAUACUAUACAGACAGAAUCUGUUCCUCCGACACCAACAAGACGACCGCCAUCAAGAAAUGGUUUCAAUGGAUCCAGGAUAAUACGAAAUCAAUGGAAUCCAACCACCAACAACUCUCCCAGACAGAGCUCCAAAUCUCUUCAGACUUCUCCACAGUCGGCAAACAGACAUCCAUUACUGAAAUCACUGAGUUCUUUCUCCGGAACUCACAAUGAAUCAUGGGAUACACUUGAUGGCAGACCACCCACCAGGUCAUCCUCCGGAAAACAGAAGAAUUCUAGAGUACCAUCAGAUGAAAUAACACAUGAAGGUUCAGAAAUGAUUAAUUUCCUUCCUAAGUCAUACCCCGGAGCUUGCUGUGUCAGCACUAAAGAUGAUACGAUAAGUAUUGCAAGUACAUUAUCCAAUCAUUCGCAUGAUCAGCAUCACCAAGAAACGAUCUCUACUAUAUUAAAGAAUAUGAAGUUUCUCAACAGCGAUAAGAGAGCCACUCAAACACUCGUCGCAGAUGUGUAAAUGACGUCAUCGUGUAGAUGCGACAUGCAGUGUGUUUUGUAUUUUGUUUGUCUUGAUAAAG